UGAGGCCCGAGGAGGUGAGGCCAGAGGAGCUGAGGCCAGUGGAGGUGAGGCCCGAGGAGCUGAGUCUAGAAGUGAGGCCAGAGGAGCUGAGUCUAGAGGAAGUGAGGCCGGAGGAGCUGAGUCUAGAGGAAGUGAGGCCGGAGGAGCUGAGUCUAGAGGAAGUGAGGCCAGAGGAGCUGAGGCCAGUGGAAGUGAGGCUAGAGGAGCUGAGUCUAGAGGGGGUGAGGCCAGAGGAGGUGAGGCCAGUGGAGUUGAGGCCCGAGGAGCUGAGUCUAGAGGAAGUGAGGCCGGAGGAGCUGAGGCCAGUGGAGGUGAGGCCUGAGGAGCUGAGGCCAGUGGAGGUGAGGCCUGAGGAGCUGAGUCUAGAGGAAGUGAGGCCGGAGGAGCUGAGUCUAGAGGAGGUGAGGCCAGAGGAGCUGAGUCUACAGGAGGUGAGGCCAGAGGAGCUGAGUCUAGAGAAGGUGAGGCCAGAGGAAGUGAGUCUAGAGGAGGUGAGGCCCGUGUCUAACAAGGCAGAGGGUGCAGCCUGCAAGCUGGUUCUGGAGAGAGCCCUUAGCAAGACGAUGCUCCCCGUUAAUGUGGCUCAGCGCGUUGCUUCCAAUCAUUAGUGACGCCUUGUAUCUGAGCGAAGUGGAGGAACACUGGUGAGAGCAGACAGUCCUUUUGUUUUGCUGCACUGAUUAGAAUCCACCAAGAAAGCACGAGAAGGGAAGGAAGUGUUGUAGGUGUUCAGAAAGAAAAAUGCAAAGCACAAUGCAAUAGACUAAAUAUUUGAACAAUGCCUGCAGACGCACAGGAAUGCCAUCUAGGGAUGACGAAGGAAAGCGAUCCGGCUUUCAGGGGAAGUUCUCAGCAGUCCACUGUAUUUUGACUGGAAUGAGUCAGAUAACACGGUGCAUAAUUUUCUAUGUUUAUAUAAUUAUUUUAGUGAAUUUGUCGGCCUGUUAGAGCUUUGUUAUUCAGAGACGUUUGCUCUAAAAUGCCAUUGUGUCUGGUGGUCUGAAUGAGGCACACACUGUAUCCAACAGAUAUUAAUAUAUCCACUAAAGGCCAUCGCUGAAACAGCUCUGUGAAACAUGCUAUAAAUACUAGGAGGCUUAAAAAAAAGAGGGAAAUGGCCUCCACACACCUGUAGUCCAUUAUUCCCACUGCGUGCUGUAUCUCCUCUAACAGACUCGUCAAUUAGCUCAGUGGGAGUUCUCACACGCACAGUUGAUCUCAUUGUGUAUUUAUAUUCAUUUGUAACAACUUUUAUUACAAAUUAUAGUACGUGAUUGGCACCAGAUGCCAUUUUUGCCCUUAAUAACCCAGCUAGAUGAAUCCCAAAAGACCUUUUUUCAUUCAUGUGAAGAGGAUAUAAUAAAAGGUUUUUCUUGCAAAAAUCCCAAAACACAUCAGAUAGCAGCUGUAGAUAACUAUUAUUUUAUUUCUAUGUUUUCCCUUACGGUGUUCCUUUUAAGUUGAAGUCUUGUUCUGCCACCCUUUUGGAUUCGGUGCCUGUCAACGCCAUCGCAGGUCGACUCAGCCUGUGUGUAAUCUCCCUGCAGGCGACUCCUCGGAGCCAAUAAAAACUUGUCCCCCUGGCAACCGAAGAGCUCGGCCCGGCGAAGCUGCACAAACAGGGUCCAGAGCCGAGGAGGCCCAGGACCACCGCAAAGACCCACAGUAGUCUGCCCUCUCCUGUUAUUGUGUCCGUCUCAGCUUUGGAGUCUUUCUGCAGCGCCGCUCGUCCGUCAGAGGCAGGUCUGGGGUCAGUGCAUCAGGAGGCCGGGAUGGAGCUGAUAAUUAUUCAUAUUCACUUGGUUGGUGACAGUCGCCUGUUGCUGAUGGAAGUCGUAUUAUAAAGCAUGGAUGAGAAUAUUCUGCAACUUCCAAAUAGUGCUCAGAUAUUAAAGUAGGUUUUUAAUGUCAUGAGAGGAGCAAAUAUAAAACAGACUUUCUUCACACGCGUUUUAUAUGAGACAAUGAAAUAGAGAUAAUAUGAUAUGAAUCCCAGGCUUUAUGUCGUAAGUUGAUAUUUUCAGGGCUCAGAAGAGAAGCAUUUACCGCUUCUGCGGCCGCCAGAUGUGCAAAAUUAUCCAAGUCAAACAAACCAGAUUGCAGGAGGAACAACUUAAUGAAUGUGAUUAUACCAAAUGGUACAAGUGGUAAUGAGAUACAGACACUAGAAACGCCGGUAUGUUACGGGAAGAACUGCACAGCGCUAAUGGGACUACAGUUGUUUUCUAACAGGCUUCCUAUUUGGAGGCCGUCCCAAUGGUGAACACAUGCACACGCAGGCAUCAGGCUGUGGGUCCGUUUGCUUUGCUCCUCGCAGGAAUGCUGGGAAUUGUUUGCUCUGUCUGCUUCAACUUCUGCUCCUUCUAGCCAGCUUAGUUUGGCUUUUUCCGGAUGCGCACGCGCGUGCACACACACACACACACACACACACACACAGUUAUUUUGCCAGUCAAGAAAUGCCCCUGUGUUUUAUGUUGCGCCCUGUAGAGAGCACAGUUUCCUCGUUGCUAUGGUGACCACCUGUAUGUCUUAAUGGUGUCCGAGAGGUUUUGGAUGGGAGCAGAGCUUUUGGAUGUGCGUCUCCGUAUCACGUCUGAGUGUGUUGCUAUUGAAGCCGCAGUGGACAGGAUCUGGGAUCAACGUUUGGGUUUGUCCUGCUGGCGAAUGCAGCGCUGUGGUCGGGUUGGCGAGGCGUAAAAGUGAGCGCGUUUCUGAAGAUAUUAAUGAAAGUUUUUGCCAAAGGCAGAAAUAAAACAGGGCUUUGUGGCUCCAUUUGACACACAAGCAGGGAGGAAUUCAGCUUUUGUUUUUUCCACAUGUAUUAAAAAAGUAUUUCUGUCCAACAUCUUAGUUAGUUCACGUCUGUUCAUGUUAGAAAAUAAUAAUAAAUGAUGCGCUAAAACAAAUAUUUGGACAGCUAAGCGAUAAAUGCUCCAGCCGGUACUAUAAGUUUGGGGUGUCAUGUAGUUUUGAUUGUGGUGAAGUGACAAAAUAACUGAAUGUGUUGUUUUCAGCAGAUUGUGGCGACUUCCUUGAACUGAAUUCAUGUCCCACAUUUGUCUGUUUUACAGGUUAGUGUGAAUAAUCAUUUACUCUCACUAAACUGUUAGUGUUUGUGAUGCCGCCAAUAAAUCCCUACCAAUCAAUCGACAGGGUUACAUUAGUUUAUUGCAGAAACAUGAAGCUCCAUUAAAGAGCUCAAGUCAAACUCCAGCUUGUUGUGCUGUAGAAGCAUAAGUAGACCUGGGAUCAGAAUGCUGUUUUUUUUUCUUCCUUUUUAGGGAAAAAUGCACAUUAACUCUGAAUGUAUGAUUAACGAGGCAAAGCCGUAAGACUAAUAAGCCAUAUUAAAUGUGUCAGAGUGUGGGAGGGUCGAGACUGACUCUUGUAUGACGUUCAAGCCAAACAUUUAUUCGAUCCCCUGGACAUGACUCCUUGUUGGAGUCUAAUUCCUGAGUGCAGACCGCUCUUCUACCCCUUCCAAAGGAAAUUUACCUCAUGUGUCUCCUCUGCUUGGUGACAUCUGGAUUAUUUUAUAACCGCUAUACAAUGCAGUACUAUAUUUGUGAUGAAACCUUUAAUGCUCAAUAAUCUCUGCUUUGAAACUCUCUGACUUAAUGACUCCAGGUGUUGUAUUCAAUGACCCAAAAUAGGCUUUAUGAAUACGUUUGGUGUCACGCGUGGUCCAUGUUCUGAGACACUAGCUUCCUGCCGACGGGGCUUCACCAAGCUUUGCAUGUACACGUCCAGCGUGACAUUCACAAGAUAGCCUCGGAUCCAAUCGACAAGUGGAUGCGAUCAAAGGAGGAGGUGAAAAAAUGCUGCAACAAGCUUCCCCUUAAACAUUCGCCUCAACGCCAGUGAGCCCAGACUUUGGCCAGACUGCAGAGCGCAUGAACAGACGAUGACUCAGCAGCUUCUCAGGCUGUGGGCACCCUCUCUCAGCUUUGGAGCCACAUAAAUUUGAUUCCCACCACCCAACAGCAGGCCUCUCCAGUCCACAUGGAUAUUUGGUUCCCGUUCCAAAGGCAGCAGAGGAGGGAAACGCAAACCGAAACGUUUGGCUCUCCUGAGGCGGCGGCGCUCUCUCGCAUACGUGCUCUGAUCUUGGCGGACGGGCAUCACAUUCACGCUCAAGGUUGCUGAAGAGUACUCGGAGUCAAAUGACCUCGUAUUUUACGCCAUGUGAAUCAAAGUGGGGAAAAUAUUAUUAUUCUGCAUAUAUACCGUGGAAAAGAUACUACUCUCAUGUUCUCAUGUCUGCCACUUUUAAUCUAAUUACUGUCUCUUCCAGUCACAUGUGUUUAUGAAGGUAUUCUAGCAGGUGUGUGUGUGUGACUGACAAGCACAUGAGCAUCAGUCAGCAGCUACGCCCUCUUAUGAAACUGAAGUAGAAUAAGUAAACGUUUAUAGUUCAUUCUCAUGAUUUCUCAUAUAAUUCAUGUAAUUUUGAAGGUAAGCCUGCCAAGAAACACAGCAAGAAAAUUAAAGUAAAUGUUGAAUUAUUUGUCACAGAACCUCCGUGGUUAUGAAAGGUCAGUCAUUUUGACCAGAAUUGGUUUUCUGUUCCCCACUUUCAUAGUUUUCCUGCAUGCGCACUUGAAAGAUUCAACCGUGUAUUCUGACAUGUAGUGUGGCAGUAAAAUCCCAGCGCAGUUCUACCAGAACCGAAGCUCAUUCAACCAUUAACCUCGGCCAGUGAACUGGUGCAGAACGGCUCAUUCCUGCUGGCCUGCUGGGAACUAGACAGGUUUCCAGUGCAGUGACCAGAAAGGGGGGCUUUGCAGCAUCGCGUUGAGGUGAUUCCCCCCAAAAAAUGCACUGUUUCUCCCUUAAUGGCCUGAGGAAAUGUUGGCGCCGUCUAAUGAUCCUUUUCCUGCCAUGUCACGGUGGUUUGCUCUUAGAUUCCACUAAGAAGUGCUCUGCCAGUGUUCUACGUCCUGAGGAGCUGCUACCCGGACAAUCUCCCAACCUUUUUCUUUAGAGCGCCCCGUUACCGUGCCAGCAUAGUAACACAUUUUGAUAUCACAAGUACAUGUGCGUCAUCAAAAACAGAUGCUUCUGAUUCCUCCGAGCAGUGAGGCGGCUUUGACACUGUCUCUGAACUGUGGAUCCUUGAAGACCAGUUAAAACACUUAGUUAGCUUUGGUUUUUGUUUCAUAACGGCGAAACAAUUCCAUCCUAUCUGUAUAUAAAAUAGGCGGAAUGGGAAUUGGCUGCUUUAGCUUGGGGGGCCGUGUCUGCUUUAUUGGUCGGUACCACCUGUGCUGCUUCUGCUGUGCGACGAGUUGAGAUGUCUGCUGUUAAAAAGGCUUAUGAAGCAAGCUCUGAGAGUCUCAUAUUGUCUAAAACUUUUGACGCUGUACAUUCUCGAGUUAAUCUAAGAAUAUGCGCGUUUGGCGCUAAAUGUAAGGGGGCUCAAUCCUCUUCUUUUUCCAUGCCAGACCUUUUACCACAGACUGCUGGCUUUGACGAAGGGUUGAAGACAAUCCGUCGUCUCCAGAACCUUUUUCAUCCGGCUGCCAAACACUCCAACCAUCCACCCAACAUGGGAACGCUGGAGUGCCGACUCAAAGCAGGCUCUGAGUCGCCAGGAUUAACAACCAGACAGAACAAUUCGGAGGUGGUCAUGAGAGAGAGAGAGCGUGUCUGUUCCAGCAGGAAAUCAGCUGAAGUUCAGCAGACAGUGUUGACUGAUAUAUAAUCUUUACUUUGCCCCCGUGUGUUGUGACUGGAAACGCAUGUGAAGUUCUGCCUCUGAGCUGAAAUCAUAAGUCAUCUUGUAGUAGCAUUGGUUUUGUAAUGACAUCAUGUAGCCACAGUCAGGACCCCCACCUGUGAAGUGGCUUCCAAACCGUACAAAAACACCCCCAGAGGGACAAAAAAAUGGUAUUUUAUAAAUUAAUGUACACUCAUCUGGCCUUUUUUAUCCAACAAAUCGAGUAAACCCAGAGAGAGAUAACGAAUCUCUCCACAUCGGCUUUGGAUGUAACUGUAUCUGAGGUUUUUUGUGCUGGGCAACGUAACUCUCUUGCCUGCUAGUUACCAGAGCCUGCUAAUGUGUAGCAGCUGAAAUAAUACUACAGGGUCUGUAUUUGUUAAGAGGCCCUUGCAGAAACUGGGACUAGUCGACUCACUAAAAUGCCAAAUGGGAAAAAAACUCAUCUUCAAUUAUCUGUUGCCAAAUAAGUGGUCACAUUUCAUGGAACCCGACUGAUUAAAAUGGUCGUGCUGGUAAAACAGGCCAUUGGCUCCCGUUUUAAUUGUCACACUUUUCCAGUAUAUAAUGAUACCUGGAUCGUAAUUUGCUUCUCUCGCUCCUGAAUGCCCAUUUAUUUCCUUUCUCUACCAAAUAACUAAGAGGCGCACUGGAGGGAGUGGAAGGUCUGCAUUCCUCUGAGUCGUUAGGGAACGGUCGACCAUCGGCGGCCAAAACUGGCGGCUGUGGGUCAGACGAUCCUAGAUGUCAUCAAAUACGUGUUGGAGCCAGAACUACGGUCCAAUUAUCUUGCAUCCGGCUCUUUCUCUGUCCAAAAUACCAUCAAUAAUGUUCCUUUUGAGAGAAUUUGCCCAUUAGGUACAAAAAUUCAAAAUGACAGUCGAGUGGGCCUUAUUACACCUAAACUUCAGAAAUAAGCAUUCAAAGAUGAAUGAAGUACAUGUAGAAUAAAGAACAUGUAGAAUGCCCCCAAAUAUGUUCCUGUUACCCUCGGACGAUGGUGCUGAAGAGAGGUGCCAGGAAAAGAAGUGGAGAGAGCGCCCGCAGAGAUGUUUUCUUUUUUCCAAUGUCCACAUUUCAGUGUUUUGUUGGUUUUGCAGCACUGACGUUCUACUUUUUGACAAAUGGUACAUGGAAACCACGCUCACCAACAAACUAUGUUCGUAAUGACUGGACUGAUCACAUGUCGGCCAAUCACAGAGCUCCUGUAACAUUUGGAGAAAAAAAAGUUCACUGAUUUUUUUUUGUCCCCCCCAACCAAAACAUAAGAAAAUAAAACAAACCUCUCACUUUUUACAGAAAACCUGCAAGGAAUCAGAAAACAUUGAACACAAACCAACUAUUAGAACAAAGCAUCCAAAGCAUCGCUGCAGGUCCGUGGAGGAAAGAAGGCUGAUUGAGGAACAGGAAAGGGGGGAAAACCUUUGCCAAGAAGAAUUGAGUUUUCCUGCGCUUUGCACGUCGCUGAGGCCACUUGGCACUGAGAUCUAAGUCGCAGGUUAAUAACUACACGCACAGGAAGCCAGGCAGCAGACAGGUAUGAGGUCAGUAUUUCCACUCCGCUGAUUCGAAGGCAAUGCAAGACGGUAAUAACAAACAAAAGAAAAGGUUCGUAUGUCAGAUUUUAAAAGUUGUUGAGUUCAUAGGUGACAGAUGUGUUUGUACAAAUACGAGUCUUUUUCCGUCCAUUUUAACCGACCAGUGAGCGAAGUGAAGUCCUGAUUAUUUGCUUGGCAAAUUACUUUAACAAGCUCAAAUUAGCAAGGCGACUUUAAAACAGUGCGACAGUAAAAUUACUCCGGGGGGGGAACCAAAAUGUUUUCUUUAGAAGCAGCUCCUGCGCCGACAGACCAUGUUCAACAACAGAGACAGCAACACAAACAAAAACACAAAGAAUCAUUCCUCAAAUGUGAACCAGCUGUUCCGGCUGUCGAUGUUCUUCCCUCUGUCUCGGCCAUUUGCUUCCAUACAGUGGAGACAUUUUUAUAUUUUACACCUAAUGAUCUGGCGUUGGUCUCACGCGGACCUACAUGUAUGUGCAGACUAAAUUCUCUGAAGUUGUUCAAAAACGGAUCAAUCUCAAUAACUUUGGCGAUCCCCUGAAUGUUCCUUUAGCGUCGCCAACGGCUCACAUUUCUGUGAUCAGGACACCAAGGUCACUGAAUACCUCCAUGUUGUUGUAUUCACUGCUGUGUUCCAUCUCAGCUGGACCUGCAGCCAGCUUCAGCUCACAGGUGAGAUCCUGCCCUGCAUGCAAAAGGAGAAUCUUGCUCCUUGUGACGUAACGUUGUUCGGCUGAUUGAGCCUCGGUUCACCCCUGGCUUCAAUAACCUGUAACGUUGCAGGCACACAGUUCCUGUAGCGCUUUGUCUCGCGCACAGAUCCUCUUUUCUGGUUUUCCUCCCUCCUCCUCAUGCACAGAUCCUGAGCUUCUCCUCUGAGCUCCACCCACCUCCGGAUAAAAGCCAAACCCUCACCAGAGCUGCUGUUCAGCGUCUGUCCCAAACUCCUCAAAGCUUUCUGAGACUUGCAGCCUGCAGAAACACAGCCGAAGCAGGGCUGCAGCUAAAACCUGUCUGGAUCCCCGUGCGUGUCAGCCGUCCCACCCAUUCCUGGGAAGAGACCUGGAAAGCGACCUGAGAGAACGACCAACUUCCGUUUGAGGGGAAAAGGAAUCUAAAAAUGGCAGCUGCGCCCCUCCCCCCUCUCUGUCUACCCCUCGUAGUGCUCCAGCUGUGGUCAGUACACCUGGCCCAUGGCGGGGCGUACUAUGGACAUAAACUGCCUCCUCAACAGCACCAGCCCUUGCCACAGUACAGCGAUGGGUAUCCUCAGCAACAGUUUUUGGGGAAUGAAAUGCCACACCUUCCUUACGGCAAAGAAGUGCCCUUACUGCCUCAGUAUGGAAAAGAGCUCCCUCAACUGCCUUUGCAAAAGGGUAAAGGGAGGCCACUGAUCGAAGGCAAAGGACAGACAUUCAACAGGGGGGCGAAAGGUCCAAUUCACCCUAUUCCAGGUGGAGAAGGUCUCAGAGAGGGACCACAAGGAGUCCAGGGCCCACCAGGAACACCGGGACCGCCAGGACCACAAGGCCCCCCAGGGCUACCAGGCCAGGGAUUGCCUGGGCUACCAGGAAAAACAGGGCCUCCAGGUCCUCAAGGCUACCCAGGGAUUGGAAAACCUGGUGUGCCAGGACUGCCAGGAAAACCAGGAGGGCCUGGGUUACCUGGACCAAAAGGGGAACUUGGUCCUUAUGGUGGCGAAGGACAAACUGGACUUCCUGGGCCUCCAGGUCUCCCUGGUCCCCCUGGACUUCCGGGGAUUUCAAAACCAGGAGGUCAAGGGCUUCCCGGCCAGCUAGGUCCUCUAGGGGAGCCUGGCACAAAAGGUCCACCAGGGUUCCCUGGUCUUCCAGGCCCCAAGGGAGAGAAAGGACAUGAUCAACCUGGUUUGCCAGGUUUGAAAGGACCUUCCGGACCACCAGGUCCACCUGGAAAUGUAGGCAUCCCUGGGAUUGGCAAACCUGGCUUUAAUGGUCAACCUGGACAACAAGGGGUACCAGGUAGACCCGGUGCUCCUGGGGAGUCAGGAAAUGCAGGGCCUCCCGGUGAUAGAGGUCAACCGGGACCACCAGGUGUUCCAGGUAUUGGAAAACCAGGAAAAGAUGGUUUAACUGGACAAUCAGGGCCCCUGGGAAGAAAAGGAGAGUCGGGCCCACCUGGUUUACCAGGGGGUCCAGGAUUACCAGGUUAUGGUAAACCAGGGUAUCCAGGACCUAAAGGUCACAAUGGACAUGAUGGUCUUCAUGGACCUCCAGGGCUAAAAGGUGAUAAAGGCCAUGCAGGUCUUCCAGGGGUCAUUGGUUCCACUGGUUCAAGUGGUAGGCCUGGCCCACCAGGACCAAUAGGGACUCCCGGUAGUCUUGGUUUCCCAGGGCAAAAGGGAGAAGAUGGUGUUGGGGGACCAAAAGGAUAUCCAGGAAUGAAGGGUGAAUUAGGGCCCCCCGGUCUUCCAGGUCAGCCAGGUUCGUCUGCUGGGGGUGGACAACCAGGACCACGGGGUUUACAAGGGCCUAUUGGCCCGAAAGGAGAACCCGGUAUUAGGGGUUCACCAGGUGCCCCUGGUGGCGCAGGAUUAACAGGAUCAAGAGGAGAAGGGGGAAAACCAGGAGAGAAAGGCUACCAGGGACCACAAGGUAUCCCUGGCCUUACAGGACCAGGGGGAUCACUUGGACCUCCUGGGCUGCCUGGCCCGAAAGGUGAAACAGGCCUACCCGGGAAGCCUGGCUAUCCUGGUGAGGGAAAGCCAGGACCCCCUGGUUAUAUUGGUCCUCAAGGAAAGCCUGGGCCAAGUGGCCCUAGUGGACUUCCAGGACAUCCUGGGCCCCCUGGACUCCCUGGUCCUCCAGGACUACCCGCCGCAUCUCCCGACCUUGGACAGAUCCUACCAGUGACCGGCCCCUACACCGGCCAAAAACAAGGUUACAAGAAGCCAAAAAAUGGAGGCAACAUUGGUGCUAAUGGCGUUGAGAUGCCUGCGUUCACAGCUGAGCUCACAAAUCCGUUCCCUCUCGUUGGCUCUCCUGUCGUCUUUGACAAACUUCUGUACAAUGGCAAUCAGAACUACAAUCCCCAAAAUGGUGUUUUUACCUGCAGUGUACCAGGGGUCUACUACUUUUCCUACCACGUCCACUGCAAAGGGAGUAAUGUGUGGGUGGCCCUGAUGAAGAAUAAUGAGCCAGUUAUGUACACAUAUGAUGAAUACAAAAAGGGAUUGCUGGAUCAGGCCUCGGGGAGCGCUGUACUCCCAUUACGACAGGGAGACACUGUGCAUAUACAGCUGCCAUCGGACCAGGCUGCAGGACUUUAUGCUGGUCAAUAUGUCCACUCCACAUUUUCUGGAUACUUACUGUACCCAAUGUAACAAAUAUGUGUAAACAAAGGAGAUAAUUAUGACAUUGAUGAUAUAUUUUGCCAUAUAUAUGGUAAAACUAUAGGAGGUAAAAUUGUGGUUCAAGUUAAAUGGUUUACAAUGAGUGGGGUCAGAAUAAUCUUCUUUCAUUACUAGCAACAUAUGUCAUUGAAUUAUUCAUCACAUCUGACAUCAGUUGUCAUAAUUCUUGGAAUUCUACAUUGCGCAUUUUAUUUUCUUAUAUCCAUCCACAUACAAUAUAUAGGUGAUCAUGUCACGGCUGGAAUAAUUCCUUGAACAAAAGCAGUAGAUUGAAGAAUUGUUCUCAAACUUUACUAAUUUUUUGCUUUACAGUUAUAUUCUGUAUACUUGGCACAUAAGAAUGUAUUGGUUCCAUUGUAAAAUGUAUGUAUUACCAGCUUUCAGUACACAAUGCUGUAUUUAGGGUCCUCUUACAGUUCUUAAGUUAUUGUAACUCAUUUUUUAUUUGGAAAAUCCGACUUUUUAAUCAAAAAAAAUAAAAAGAUUACAUCAUCUAACUGUAAAAAAAGUAUUUGGGAUUUUUUUUUAAUCCAAUUUCAUACCCACCAUAAAAUAUUUUGUCCACAAUUUGGAAGUUGAUCUAUGAUUAGAUUGUUGUGCUUUCUUUGUAAUAGACACGGAUUCUUUCAAAAGGUUUUUGUCAGUUUGUCAGUAUUCUCUGUAAUUUAUUUGUUUGACUACUGAUUAUUUGAUAUUGUGUUUAUUUCUUUUUGUUGGGAUGGCGAACAAUCUCAAUAUAUGGCGGAAUUAAUUUCAAAAUGCAGAACAUAGAGAUAAAUGUCCUGUGUCAAAAAUGUACCAGACAUAUUGAAAAAUGUGCUCAUACACAUCCAUACUGCCGCGCCUCUAUUUUGUACUCUAUUUCUCUAUUUUUGUAAUGUUGUAAUGUGUUUUAUUUGCUUGGGACAAUAGUGCACAGCAUCAAAUGGGAAACUGCCUAAAGUAUGUGAAUUGUGUUUUUAGUGGUGGACUAUUGGUUUAUUAAAACAAUCCAAACAUUGUU